ACCAUUUGAACAAAUAUUGCGGAAGAGAGUAACACCUGGAGUAGGCUACUUGUUGCAACUACUCCUCGAAACUGUCUUGUCCACAGACUCCGAUAGCUGCGACCCUCGAGUAUUCGCAACUACAUCUCUACGUCCGCGCCUCGACCAACCAACAUACUUUGCAGCUGCAGACACUUCACGAUCCUCGUGCCGCUUCUGUGGCAAUAAGACUUCACGAUGUCUACAAACCGGUACUCAUCGCUCAACCGACGAGCCGCUCCUUCCUCCGCUCUGUUCCAAGACUAUCCAGGUUCCCGGCCGUCGUCCUCUUCCUCCCCUCGCCCUGGAUACGCCUAUAAUUCACAGCCGGACCGACCUGCGUCCUCAUCAUCGCCGUAUCUGAACCCAUAUGCUUCUACGAAUGGCAGCACGCCUCAUGAAUCCAAUUCCUCCUUCCGCUCCGCCACGCCCAAUUCAAAAGGCCAAUACUCUACGUCUGUACUCGAGGAACUCGAGGCGCAGAACGAAAUCAGUGCCACAAGCCUUCUGUCGCAGAAGGUCUCACAGUUGAAGACGCUCACCAUCGCUAUUGGUGACGAAAUAAGAGACUCGAGUACCCUGGCCAGCCAGAUCAAUGAUACUUUUGAAAACACUGGUGUGCGGUUACGCGGUACGAUGAGGAGAAUGCUUCGGAUGGCCGAGCGGACGGGGGUAGGGUGGAAAGUGUGGGUGUUGUUCUUUGUGGCGGUAUGGGCACUCUUCGCGUGGGUAUGGUUGUUUUAAGCACGGCCAGACCGUUCGAAGCAGCAAACACACUACAUUUAGCAGGAGGGGGUCGACGUGAACUGUUCCCAGGUUUUGGAUGAAGUGGGCGCCGCACAAGUUAACAUCCAACAUCCUAACUAAGGGUGCAAUUCUUUUGCCGUUCAACGACAAGACAAGGCUCACCACGCAACCAAAAGAUGCCCCUGUUCAAAAUGGACGCAGUUGUCCAGACACUCAAGCAGUGACGGCGAAAGAAUCGAUCACGACCUUGACAUCAUAAUAAUCGAUUUCUCCUGCUUAUAUGACCAACAUUUGAAGCUUGUAUUAGCUUCUUGUACACUAUCAGAAAAGUUCAGGCUCAAGCGUUUGGCGUUGGGGGUUUUCAUUCAUCAAUUUAUAUUUUACCGGACACCCUCGUUUACGACAACGCGAUCAAGUAUUGCCGGAGGCGAAAUGAGAAGGAGACGAUGCAGGGUACCUAUUGGACGUGUCAGCCAAUAAAGACUUAUCAUCUUCUGCCAGAGAAGGAUCAGACGUGUCUGAUGUUUUCGGAAGAAGUCCAACUCUAGGUAUGAGUAUGGGAAGCAACAUAUAUUACUUUUCGAAACCACCUCUCCCUCUCUCUACAAGUAUAGGCCUUUGGAGCGUGUAUGAAGCCCUAGGUUGAAAGGCAACGCAUAUAAUCGUUGAUCGCUCUGUGGAAGGUUGAUGGAGGAAGGAUACGACACGUUACUCGAUCUGUGAGGGAAAUAUAAUGUACAUUCAGUUUUCUACUAGGUAUUCUUUGUAUCAUGUAUCAUACACGGCAUCAUAAU